GAAGUGAAUGGUUUUGGAUAGAACUCAAGUUUGUUCGAAGACUUUUUAAAAAGAGUUGUUCCAGUGCAUCAGUGCAAGUGACUGCUUUACUCUUGAGUGACUUUACAGGUGCUUGCCUGCAUUGCAAUAAAAGACUCAUUUAUUGAGCAGGACCUUAUUUAUCUCUUCAUUUUGGAGAGUCUAAUAAACUAUUACCGUUUCUGUACUCACAAAGUUUUGAAGUUGAAAAGACAUCUUUACAAAGCAAAACAUGAGUACAGCCAGAACAGAGAACCCUGUUAUAAUGGGUCUCUCCAGUCAAAAUGGACAACUUAGGGGCCCAGUAAAACCCACUGGCGGUCCAGGAGGCGGGGGAACACAGGCUCAGCAACAGAUAAACCAGCUGAAACAUCCCAACACAAUCAACAACGGCACUCAGCAGCAAGCACAGAGCAUGGCCUCCACUAUCAAACCUGGCGAUGACUGGAAGAAGACUUUAAAACUCCCACCAAAAGAUCUGAGAAUCAAAACUUCGGAUGUGACGUCCACAAAAGGAAAUGAAUUUGAAGAUUACUGUCUGAAGCGGGAGUUGCUGAUGGGAAUUUUUGAAAUGGGCUGGGAAAAGCCAUCUCCUAUUCAGGAGGAGAGCAUCCCCAUUGCUUUGUCUGGGAGGGACAUCUUGGCUAGAGCUAAGAACGGAACCGGCAAGAGCGGUGCCUACCUCAUUCCCUUACUUGAACGGCUUGACUUAAAGAAGGAUAACAUACAAGCAAUGGUGAUUGUUCCCACACGAGAACUUGCCCUCCAGGUCAGUCAGAUCUGCAUCCAGGUCAGCAAACACAUGGGAGGAGCCAAAGUGAUGGCAACAACAGGAGGAACCAACCUGCGUGAUGACAUAAUGAGGCUUGAUGAUACAGUGCAUGUGGUUAUAGCUACGCCAGGGAGGAUUCUGGAUCUCAUCAAGAAAGGAGUAGCAAAGGUGGACCAUGUCCAGAUGAUAGUUCUAGAUGAGGCAGACAAGUUGCUGUCGCAAGAUUUUGUUCAAAUAAUGGAGGACAUUAUUCUCACGCUACCUAAAAACAGGCAGAUCUUGCUGUACUCGGCCACGUUCCCUCUAAGUGUACAGAAGUUUAUGAAUUCCCACUUGCAGAAACCAUAUGAGAUUAACUUGAUGGAGGAGCUGACACUGAAGGGAGUUACCCAGUACUAUGCUUAUGUAACAGAGCGCCAGAAAGUGCAUUGUCUCAACACACUCUUCUCCAGGCUCCAAAUUAAUCAAUCGAUCAUCUUCUGCAACUCCUCCCAACGGGUUGAACUGCUAGCUAAGAAAAUCUCCCAGCUGGGGUAUUCGUGCUUCUACAUUCAUGCAAAAAUGAGACAGGAGCACCGCAAUCGAGUGUUCCACGAUUUCCGGAAUGGUUUAUGCCGUAAUCUUGUUUGCACUGAUCUGUUUACCCGAGGUAUUGAUAUCCAAGCUGUGAAUGUUGUGAUAAACUUUGAUUUUCCAAAGCUGGCAGAGACAUAUCUCCACCGCAUUGGCAGAUCAGGUCGAUUUGGCCAUCUUGGCCUAGCCAUCAACUUGAUCACCUAUGAUGAUCGAUUCAACCUGAAAAGUAUUGAAGAGCAGCUGGGUACAGAAAUCAAGCCCAUCCCCAGUAACAUUGACAAGAGCCUGUAUGUGGCAGAAUACCACAGUGAGCCCGUAGAAGAUGAGAAACCCUAACCGCUGCGCUUUGCUUAAACACACAAGCUGAAGCCCUUUGAUCUGGACACGUGAUACAUCAUUUCUUUGGGGAUGCCCUUCUCUUUGUGGGUUUUUCCAUCUUUUUGUUUUGGAACUAUGAAGAUUAAAGAGCUGAGUGUUUUUUUCUCCCCCCCCCCCUCUUUUUUUUUUUUUUUUUUAAAAAAAUCUGGCUGUGAGGAUGAAAGCAGAAGAUAGGAAGGAAAUACCUUUGUUUUCCCCACUUGUUUGCACUGUGUGCUGACUGAACAUUAGUUGCACUAACUGCUGGUUUUAAUUUCUUUCUUUGUGGUGGAGAAGAAGAACUCUGAAAAGAGAAGACUCCCAAACUCAAGCUUGACUGCGAUUUCAGAUUCUCACCCACAGCCGCCUGACUGAGUGCAUUUCAACUCCCCCCCCCACCCCCGGCUCCUCAUCUGUCUUUUAAGCUAAAGAGCUUGUUACUUAUUUGUGCAAAGUGCCUUAUGCUAUGAGACCAUUCAGAAUAUCACCUUUCAGAUACAGCCCAAGGAGUCAUUUUGGUACAGGUCAAAGCCCCCCUUCUCCCCCCACCUCCACACCCUUCCUCUCCCUGCACGCAAACUGGGCCGGGAGGUGACACUUGUCAGUAAUCGUUUUUUGUUUAACUUUUUUUUUCCUUUUUUAAUGGAGGAGUUGAGAUGCAGUUGCAGUUCACCCACUCUGUAAAUAACGUGUAUUUAAACAAAAUAACCUGGACCAUCUGGGUUGAGUUGAGUGCAACUUCGGCACUCCAGGAGGAAAGAGCCACUUGCCACCCACCUGCAGCCGGAGCCACAUCCGAAAAACCCCUCGUGCUCUUGCAGAACACUACAGACUGGUUUCCGUGAGUCUCCACUGGUGGUCACAGCACUUGCUAGGCAGACUGGUCUCAGAGCCGUGGCAGUCUUUCCUCCCUGAAGUGUGUUCCACAGAAAAUUGGAUGUGUAUACUUGUAUAAACUCUGUAAAUAUGUGUUUUUCUGUUAUGGGUUCAUAUAUAACUUUUCUUUUUCCUUUUUUCCUUGUUUUUGAUGAAGUUUGCUGGGGUUAAAGGGAUUAUAGAUAGAUCUUGACAGCAGCUAAAGGUGAGAGGGGCUCAGUUUUCUGCAACACUGCUCCAUGCCAAGCGCUACAACGUCAGACCGUGGGGCUUGCUCUGCUCGGAAGAGACCUAGGUCUGGGGCAAAGAUGUGCCGUGAGCGCUUUGAGGCAUCUCGUAUUUCCCCUUCCAAAACGACAGAAAGGGAGCCUGGGGCCCCUGCAGGGGCAAAGGCCUUGCUUGCCUUGGCCAAGGCAGAGCAGGACAUACCAAGCGUGGACUUGGGACUACAAAGAGCAAAUGCCAUUGGCUGAUCGUGCACUGGGUUGCCUCCUGCAACUUCGUUGUGACUCUGUCUCAAGUCUGUCUGCCCAGAGCCUCUGUCUGCCCAGGCCAGAGCAAGCCCCCUGCCUGGGCGGUUUGCUCUCCUUUGCUGCAGCUGUUCCCACUUGCCUUGUAUGUGGCAGGCAAAUGCUUUCGGUCCAAGUAGUGUUGCUUUAAAUUGUGCCCCUCCCAAUAUGCUUGAUGUUUGGCCUGAUCUCCAGGCAAAAGGAGUGAGACAACUCGGCCUGUAAACUUCUUAAGAAUUCCCUUCCAGCCUGACCAGCAGCAGGCUGCCAGGAGGCAGCAGGGCCAGCACAGCCCCCUCUUGGCCCAGGCCCCGCAUCUUCAAAAACGGCACUUGUGACGCCGCCCUGCUUUCGAAGCGGAGUUGCCCAAAUUUCUCUCUGCGUUGGAAUUGGAAAACGACAACGUUACCCAGCCCACCCCUUCGAGAUCUGUGCUGGAACUGGCUGCCUCCUGACAGCCCUUUCAAGUGAAAAUGUUUUGUUUAAGUAACUCCACAGAAACGUAGCAGAAGCUGCACUAAAGUACAGCUCCACUGUUGGGGACUUUACUGCGGCUGCAUCAGACUGGCAAGUACUCUGUGUGUGUCGGGGGUGGGGUGGGGGGGGAGGCUUUGCGCGUGGGAAACUGACCAAAAGCAAAACCUUGCUCUUCCGCUGCAGCCAGUUUUGUCUUCCCAACAGAGGAGAGGAGGGGUCAUUUUAGUGCAAAAGGUGACAAGUGUGCAGAAAUCUAGAGUCCUGUGAGAACAUGCACACCUGAUGUGGUGCCAUGAGUUGAGGUGGCAGCUAUGCCCCAUGCCAUGCUCAUCUAGUCACUCUUUAAGCACAGCAUUUUUAAAUGGAAAGUAUUACUUUAAAUGUGGCCGCCUAGCCAAAGAGCGGCAUUUGCCUAGAUUCUUGAGCACCAUUUUUGGGUGGCUUUUGUUGGGUCAGAAAGCCACCUGACCUCGGUGCAUAGAGUUCUCUCUCCAGAGCCAAGAGGGAUUUGUAAAUGGAAAGAUGCUCCAGUCGAUGACUAGGCAGACCCUGGUCCGUUUUUUCCUCCCUUCAUCAUCUAAAAACAAACGCUGAGGGUUUUGGAUUCUUGUUCAUAAAGGUAAACUGCCAGCAAUAUCUCCAUUGAUUGCAGCUGUUUCUCUGGAGAUCCAAAGAGUAAACCCUGAGGUGUCUUGACUGGCUUCGCCUCCUGUGGUACGUCAAGUGACCCCAAUCUGUAGGAAUAAAACCCUCCGAGCUGGAGGCAAAGCCAGACUUCAGUUCGAUACCUCAGUGUGCUCAGCUCAGAAAGUGCUGCACUCGCCAGAGGUUGCCCGGGGGUGGGGUGGGGUGGGGUGGGGUGGGGGGUGGGCGGUGUUUUGCUUUUUAAGUUUCUUUCGAAUGAGAUGGGAGCAUCUUUCCUUCGCCCUCUGCUUUUGUGUCUGUUGUUGGGGCUGGAUGAGAUCAUGGAAACAGGACACAAAGGCAGAUGUGUUAGCAUCAGACAUCUCAUUCGCAUUUUCUUUAUUUUAGGGGUGGGUUUGCCUGCACAGGACUUGCCGAAUCCUGCCAGCAAAGGGGGGCCCCGUGGUCUGCCGGAAUCCUUGCCUCAGUGUGUAGUUGUUCCCAGCAGUACGCUGACCCAUGCUGCUGGUGCCAAGCGUGCCACUGGCUUGGGCAACCUGAACACUGACUGUGGAGCACGGUCGCCAUUUCUAACCGGGCAGCAUAUGGGCGUGUCGGACCCAACUGGGGGCCAGGCAGGCUUGCGUCCUUCUAUCCUCUGGGGUUAGGAAGACGAGUGGAUAGAAAGCCAGGAUCUGCCUGUGCUGUGUAAGACCCUCCCUCCCUCCCUUGUAGCAUUCUACAGUCCUGUGCAGGGGGUGGGUGGGUGGGUGGGGGGUGGAGAAUAUACUAAGAUACAGCUUUGCUGUAUUUUAACCAGGGAAUGGGGGGGAGGGGGGAGGCAUCUGGAAAAAAACAUUAGUCAAAAUUCCCUUGUUUUGAAACAAACUGGAAGAUUUAGAAGGGGCAUCUUUUUUGUGUUCAGUUCAAGCAACGUAUUUCAUUGGUCCUCAGUCCAGGCCAUGUUCACUGUGAACCAUGGGGACUAGAAUUUGGGGAAAGAGGGUGGGGUGGGAGGGAAAACAAACUUUUUUUUUUUGAACUGGUAACUGGCAAAUGUCCAGGAGAGCUCAGUUUUUGGUUCAGUGUGUAUCUAUGUACACAAAUAUGUAAUGGAAGGCUGACCGUAUUGGUGUCAGAGGGCAGAAGUGAUGAAUGAUAAAAUCCUGACUUGCUUUUUAAGAGAAAAUUAGCUCAAUAAAAGCUCACUGGGACUUGA